CCAAUCCACGCCUGCAAAUUCUUCUGGAAGGAUUUUUCCCCCUCUCUCCAGGUUGGGCGCGUUUGGUGCAAGAUUCUCGGGAUCCUCGGCGUUGCCUCUCCCUCCCCCUCCCCCUCCUUUCCUUUUCCUUUCCUUUCUUUCUUCCUUUCCUCCCCCCACCCCCACCCCAAACAAACAAGUCCCCAAUUCUUGUCGGUCCUAGCCUCGGGCAGCGGGCGGCGGAGGCAGCGUGCCGCGGUCGCCGGGAGCCGGGAGCCUCGGGCGCCCGCUCCUCGGCGCAGCAUGUUCCAGCCGGCGCCCAAGCGCUGCUUCACCAUCGAGUCGCUGGUGGCCAAGGACAGUCCCCUGCCCGCCUCGCGCUCUGAGGACCCCAUCCGUCCCGCGGCGCUCAGCUACGCCAACUCCAGCCCCAUAAACCCGUUCCUCAACGGCUUUCACUCGGCCGCGGCCGCCGCCGCCGCCGGCAGGGGCGUCUACUCCAACCCGGACUUGGUGUUCGCCGAGGCGGUCUCGCACCCGCCCAACCCCGCGGUGCCCGUGCACCCGGUGCCGCCGCCGCACGCCCUGGCCGCCCACCCCCUGCCCUCCUCGCACUCGCCACACCCCCUCUUCGCCUCGCAGCAGCGGGACCCGUCCACCUUCUACCCCUGGCUCAUCCACCGCUACCGAUAUCUGGGCCACCGCUUCCAAGGGAACGACACAAGCCCGGAGAGCUUCCUUUUGCACAACGCGCUGGCCCGAAAGCCGAAGCGGAUCCGAACCGCCUUUUCCCCGUCCCAGCUUCUGAGGCUGGAACACGCCUUCGAGAAGAACCACUACGUGGUGGGCGCCGAGAGGAAGCAGCUGGCGCACAGCCUCAGCCUCACGGAAACUCAGGUAAAAGUAUGGUUUCAGAACCGAAGGACGAAGUUCAAAAGACAGAAGCUGGAGGAAGAAGGCUCAGAUUCGCAACAAAAGAAAAAAGGGACGCACCAUAUUAACCGGUGGAGAAUCGCCACCAAGCAGGCGAGUCCCGAGGAAAUAGACGUGACCUCAGAUGAUUAAAAACACAAACCGAACCCCACAGAAACGGACACCACGGAGCAAAACAGAGGCAGGGAGAGGAGGGGUAGAAGAAGAAGAAGAAGAAGAAGAAGAAGAAGAAGAAGAAGAAGAAGAAGAAGAAGAAGAAGAAGAAAACAACCUACAAAACAAAAACAAACCCCACACACACAUUCACCGAGAAGAGGAAGAGGGAGUCAGAGAGAGCUUCGGCGCGUUGCAGACUUUGGGCAGCGAGGGCGCAGGGUCCUGAUCCCAGGCUGCGUGGAGAUGGCAGAGGAUGCAGGCUUCUUGAUCAACAUGCAACCCUUGUCUAAAGAGGCAGCUGAGUGAGAGAGAGAGAGAGAAAGAGAGAGUGAGAGAGAGAGAAAGAGAGAGAGUGAGAGAGAUCCAAAUGUGGCACAGCCGAAGGCACUCUGAACAAGGGAAGCUGUCAGUCAAACGCCAACCCAGCGAGACAAGAUGAUUGGCAGGUAUUCCGUUUAUCGCAGUCCUGAUUUAAAAAAAAAAUAAUGAUAAUAAUAAUGAUGGUAAAAGAAAACCCCAACCAGGCACAGGACUUUUUCUUUUGCACUUCGCAGAGUUUCCCCCCAAUCUUUAAAAAUAAUUAGUAAUGCUAGCAAUCGAAAUUCCAUAUCCAGCCCCAUCCCACACCUGUUCAAAAACUUGAAUUGCAUGUAGCAGUUGUUGGGCGAAUGGUGUCUAAAGACAGAAAAUGAAUUGUAAUUUUCUUUUCCUUUUAAAGACAGGUUCUGUGUGCUUUUUAUUUUGAUUUUUUUUCGAGAAAUGUGCAGUCUGUAAACACUUUUUGAUACCUUCUGAUGUCAAAGUGAUUGUGAAAGGUAAAUGAAGUAGGCUCAGCGAUAGUGGUCCUCUUACAGAGAAAUGGGGAGCAGGAUGGGGGGCUGGGGGUGGCGGGGGAGGGUGCCCACAAGAGGAGUCAGGACUUGUGCUGGGAAAGAAAAACCCUAAAUUAAUUCUAUUUCUUGAACAUUCCCUUUCCUAACAUCCCGAAGGCUUAAAACCACGAAGUAAACUCCUUUUGGUGGUUGGAGAGAUUGGCCAAAUUCAACCAUUCGCUGUAAAGGCCAUUCCCAAACUUUAAAUCUAUCUGUUGCAAAAUCUGAAGGACUGUAGUUAGCGGGGAUGAUGUUAAGUGUGGCCAAGGACAUGGCGGCAAGUUUUCAAGCACUGAGUUUCUAUUCCAAGAUCAUAGACUUACUAAAGAGAGUGACAAAUGCUUCCUUAAUGUCUUCUAUACCAGAAUGUAAAUAUUUUUGUGUUUUGUGUUAAUUUGUUAGAAUUCUAACACACUAUAUACUUCCAAGAAGUAUGUCAAUGUCAAUAUUUUGUCAAUAAAGAUUUAUCAAUAU